AUGUCGACAAGAGAGCCAAUGUGGUAUUGCCACGAGUGCCACGCCGAGAUGCGUCCGCUCAUGGUCCCAGAUCCCCAUUGUGCAUCCUGCAAUGGGACUUUUGUUGAGAAGAUGGACAACCCCACCGACGACCCGCGCGAGUUCCAGCAUGUGCACGAGGACGAUGAGGAUGGAGCGCUCCCUGGGGACAUGGAUGAUUUCCUAGGUUGGUCCUCUCCAUUCCCCAGCGUGUUCAUCGGACCUACCCUCACCGCUCUAGCAGCCGGCCUCAGCACCCUGCUGAACACCCGCUCGCCCGGCCCAGGCCCCGGGGCAGGUCCUAUACCAUCUUCACCCGGCCAGCAAUCCAGUCGAUCUGACCGCAGGGGCUCGGGCUUCACGAUCCGAAUACAGAAUGGUGGCCCCCCUGGCAUGCGGACAGUUAUCAUAGGUGGAUCCCCGCGCCAGUCCGGCACGGACCAGAUCCCCUCCAUGACUGAGUAUAAUACUAGGAAUCGCGACACGAUAACGGGCCCCCUUAUGGCGCAAUAUCUGCUUGCGAUGUUGUCACAGCGAACCAUGGGCGACGGAGGUACAAACCUAUUCCAAGAUUUCUUAGGUGUGUUCGGCGCUGGAGGUGAAGGAGGUGGGAGUGGGAGAUUGGGCGAUUAUGUAUUUAAUCAAGAAGCGUUGGACCAGAUUAUUACCCAAAUCAUGGAAAACUCGAACGCGAGCGCGCCUGUGCCCGCCACAGAGGACGUGAUGGAGAAGCUUCCGCGGGAAGUUUUGGAAGAGGGCUCACCACUACUCGAGAAGGACUGCGCCGUCUGCAAGGAGCAGUUCAAACUCAACACCGAAGAUCCCGACGAGCAGGUCGUUGUCAUACUCCCCUGCAAUCAUCCCUAUCACGAGCCGUGCAUCAUCCCGUGGCUGAAGUCCAGCGCGACAUGUCCCGUCUGCAGAUUCCAGCUCGUCCCUCAACCCGAACACCACGCACCUGGCCCCGGACCCCCUCGUGGUUCAGGCUCAGGUUCGGGCGGGCCUUCGACUGGGACAAGUCCUCCGCGCGGAGGCUCAAUUCCCUCAACGUCCGGCGGGUCCGGGUCGCAGCCACACACCGGCGCCGGCGCCGGGCUGUUCAACUUGUUCCACUUUGGCGGGGGACACAGCGGCCAACAGCCUGGCAGCACCACCACCAACCGCCGCCCGGCCAAUAACACCGGAAACGCCAGUGUGCCCCCUCCCGCUCGCAACACCACCCAGCAUCCGCAUGAGUUCCCUGGUGGCUGGGAUUGGAGCUGGGGCGACCAGGUGGACUGA